AUGUCGCGGCGGACCCUCGGCGGUCUAGACGGUCCCGACGCCGACGCCGAUUUUUGGCGAUGGGCGCGCGCCCGCGGCGUCGUCGCGGUUAGAUGCGAGGCACGCGACGUCGCCGAGGGAUGGCGGGGCAUCGUCGCGACCGAGGACAUCGAGCGCGACGCGGUCGUGCUCCGCGUGCCCGGCGACAUCCUGAUGAGCGCCAGGUCGAUGGAACGCGACGAACAGCUGCGCGAUGCGUUGAGAACGCACGGCGAGACCCGUUCGAUGACGCCCGCGGACAAGCUCGCGGUGCACCUCCUCCUCGAGGCAUCCAGAGGUCGCGGCUCGAGAUGGCACGAGUACAUCUCGAGACUGCCCCGAGCGUACAACCUGCUGUGCUGCUGGACUCGCCGCGAGCGCGCGAUGCUCCAGGAUCCCGCCGCCAUCGCCGUCGCGAGACGCGCGCGCGAUGCGACGCGCCAAUCGUGGGAACGCGCGCGCGACGUCCUCGCCGCGCUGGGGUUGACCCUCGCCAAUCGAUGGGGCUCGAUCGACGCGUGGCGGUGGGCGCGCUGCACCGUCAGCAGCAGGACCGUGUACGUGCCCUACGACGCCGCGGGGGCGCUGUGCCCGGUGGGGGACCUGUUCAACUACGCCCCCCCGCCGCCGCCGCAUCGGCACGCCAUCGUCGGAACCCCGCUCGAGGGCGGCGACGAGGGGAAGGACGACGACGAAGGGAAGGACGACGACAAACGGGGGGAGGACGACGACAAAGGGGGGGAGGAAGGGAAGAGGUGGACGGUGUCGGGCGACGGCGCUUGGGACGAGGCAUCGCGCGAGUACGUCUUCCGCGCGCGUCGCCCGUACGUCGCCGGCGAGCAGAUCAUGCUGUGCUACGGCCGCCACACGAACCUGGGACUGUUGGAGCACUACGGCUUCCUCCUGGAUGAAAAAGAGUCUGAGACGGGCGACGAGCCGGGGAACCCGCACGACGCCGCGGCGUUUGCGCUCGGGUUCGACCUCGACGAUACAGAUGACGCAACGGCCGUUACGACGUCCGUUACGACGACGACGACGACGACGACCGUGGUGGAGGCCUCCGCGGUGGACGGGUCGUUGGAGUGGGAGGCGACGCGAAUGCUUCGGCUCUGGGCCGCUCGACGACGCUCGGGCGCCGGCGGAGGGGGCAAAGGCGGAGGGGGCAAAGGCGGAGGGGGCAAAGGCGGAGGGGGCAAAGGCGGAGGGGCGGCGGAUAAGCGGAUCAGGGACGCCGCCUCCAGGGGCUUCGCGGUGGGCGCCGACGUCGAGAGGAGGGCGUUUGAAGCGGUGGCGGACGCGGCGGCGGCGGCGUUGACGAGCGUUCACCUGGCGACGACGGCGAAGUUCGACUCGGAGCUUCUCGCGAGGGCGAAAGAGGCGGCGUGGAAGAGGGACUCGGAGGGGCUCGGAGGGACCUCGGAGGACGGGUCCUCCCUACCCGGGGGUGGAUGCGAGCCCGGAGAGGCGCCCCGCGAGUGGGCGCGAGGAGACGGCGGGGACGGCGACGACGAGGACGGCGGGGAGGGCGGCGAGGAGGAGGAGUGGGACGGCGAGGAGGUCGACCCGGACUCCAACGCGGGUCUCGCGCUGCGGUGGAGGCUGUGUCACAAGCGGGCGCUGCAGAGGGCGUACAGGGCGGCGGCGGCGAGGGUAGAGGAGGCGAGCGGAGGAGGCGGAGGAGGACGGGGCGGCGGAGGAGGACGGGGCGCGACCGUCUCCAGGCCGAGGCUUCGCUGA